UACAGACAACACCAGACAGAAUAAAAUUAUUUUAUGAAGUUUUCAAAUGAACUUGAGUCACGUUCAACAUAUGCCUCAAGGGCACACUGAGGGCCGGCUUUUCUAGAAGCCUGAGACACAUCUGUGGCAGCACAGCAGCACAGCUGUAUUAGAGCUAUUUGAGCGUGUGUCUUUUGUGAGGGAGUGAUUCAGGCCGGUCUGACUGGAGCUCUGGGACUCUGCCACAGACAUGCACCGUCACUGAGACCAGACCUGCUCCAACCUGGAUGGAUCAGAGACUACAGAGGCUGCAGAGGAAAUCAUCUCCACCGAACUUGGAUGUUUUGGUUUCAGGCUUUGCUGGGAAUUGCCAUUGACUUUUGGAAGUUUGCAAUUACCAGACUGGAAUAAUGUCCAUGGACUGGCGUGGAGGUGAAAGGCUGCUUAUAGUCUUGAUUGUGAUGUUUAUCCUGGGGCUCAGCCACUGUGCUGGACAGAGCUAUGAACGCUGGGAGGCUGGGUCCUCAUGCUACGGAGGAUUUGACCUUUACUUUGUGCUGGACAAGUCUGGAAGUGUACAGCACCACUGGAAUGAGAUCUACUACUUUGUUGAUCACCUUGCACACAAGUUCAUCAGCCCCCAGCUCCGUAUGUCCUUCAUAGUCUUUUCAACGGAGGGAAGGAUCUUGAUGAAACUGACAGAAGACAGGGAUCAGAUUAGUGCUGGGCUGGAGGAACUUCAGAUAGUCCAACCAGGUGGAGAUACCUUCAUGCACAAAGGUUUUCAGAGGGCAAGCGAGCAAAUAUACUAUGGAACGGGAGAUGGAUACCGCACAGCGAGUGUCAUCAUUGCUCUGACAGAUGGAGAAUUGCGCGAGAAUGAAUUUGACUUGGCAGCCAGAGAGGCUGAUCGCUCACGUCAGCUGGGAGCCUCUGUUUACUGCGUUGGAGUGAAAGACUUUAAUGAAACCCAGCUGGCAACAAUAGCUGACAGCAAAGAUCACGUCUUUCCAGUUAAUGAUGGCUUUGAAGCCCUGCAAGGCGUCAUUGAUUCGAUCCUGAAGAGAUCCUGUAUAGAGAUCCUCGCUGUGGAGCCCUCAAGUAUUUGUGCAGGAGAAUCCUUUGAGGUGGUAGUUCGAGGGAACGGAUUCCUUCAUGCCCGCGAUGUGAACAGAAUUCUUUGCAGCUUCCGUAUAAACAACACCCUCACCGUGAUGAAGAGGCCUCUGGUAGUUGAAGACACAUACCUGCUCUGCCCAGCGCCUGUACUGAGGGAGGAGGGAACGACUGCCUCCCUCCAUGUCAGUAUGAACAACGGCCUGAGUUUUAUCUCCAGUUCUGUGACCAUCACGACUGUCAGCUGUGUGAGUACAGUAACCCUGCAGGGCAGCAGUGCCACUGUUACACUGGGCAGAGCCACUGCCAGUACCACUACACUGGGCAGUACCUGUAGUUCAGCUCCAUCUUCAGUCUGCCCUCUGAACACAACUGACGGAACGUUCUUGGCCAUAGCGCUGCUGAUACUGCUGCUGCUGAUCACUAUGGCCACACUCUGGUGGUUUUGGCCCAUCUGUUGUACAGUGAUCAUCCAUGAGCCGCCGCCACCAGUCAUGGACGACAGUUCGGAUGAAGAGGAUGAAGCCAACCCAAAGAAAAAAUGGCCAACGGUGGACGCCUCGUAUUAUGGUGGGAGAGGAGUUGGUGGCAUUAAAAGGAUGGAAGUGCGCUGGGGAGAUAAGGGAUCCACUGAAGAAGGAGCCAAGCUGGAGAAGGCAAAGAAUGCUCGGGUGAAGAUGCCAGAGCAAGAGUUUGAGUUUCCGACCACAAGGACUCUAAACAACGGCAUGCGGAAACCCAUCUCCCAUCAGAAGUGGUACUCACCAAUCAAGGGGAAACUGGAUGCCUUGUGGGUGUGGCUUAGGAGAGGAUAUGACCGCGUGUCAGUGAUGAGACCUCAGCCAGGAGAGAAGGGUCGCUGUAUGAAAUUUACCCGUGUGAAAUCCUACCCGCCCCCUCGAUACCCGCUUUACAACAACCCCUCCAGCCACAUCUACACCCUCCCCCAUAGCCAAUGCCCUCCUGUCCCACAGGGCACCCUGCCGCCCACCCCGCGCUGCUCCGCCCACUCUCCAACCUCCAUCCUGCCCCCUUUGCCAUCAACCCCGCCCCCAACAGCCAUAACCCCUCCCCCUUACACACCACCUCCAACCAGAGCUCUUCCUCCUACCUGUCUGACAAUCAAUGUGACUCUGCCUCCCUCUCCACCCACACCGCCACCACCAACAAGCUUCCUACCACCCUUGUCAGCCAGCUCCUUGCCUCCGCCCCCUCAGGCAGCUCCGCCCGGACGAGCCCCGCCCCCUUCUCGUCCACCGCCACGCCCAGGCCCUGAGGAACCGCAGUGCUACCUGGACUGAGUAGAUCUAAAUGACAAUGGCUAAUGAUGGGAUUUAACGUGGCAGCGACUGUAUUAUUGCACACUUGAUUCUGAUUGGUUGACAAACAUGUCUAAAACUGCACCUUUAUGAAGUAGUUUGAGGUUUGUUGACUUUCAACUUGCCAUGUUCUUUGCAAAAUGUUUUGUGGUUUUAAAUUAACAGAACAUCAAAAAGAGUCAGAGCGAAAGAACCAGAAAGAGAUAAAAAAAAAAAAAAAAAAAACAUUUAGAUUUUUAAAUUUACAUAUUGACUUGCAUUUGGAUUGCACAAUUCACAUGAAAAAAUAAACUUAAUGUGAUGCAUAUUUGUCAGUCGUGCAAAAACUGGUAGGAUUUCUGUACUAGUACUAAUAAACUGAAUGCGUUUACACAGUAACUAGGUUUAUAUAUUUAUCUAUAAAUAAAAAUACUUUCAAUCAAACUCAUUUGUAAUUAAUUGAAUAGGCUAUUGUUUGUUUCACGGCUAGCCAUAUUUCAACCAUUUUAAAUGAAUACAUUUAAUUAUUUGUGUUGAUUCUAAAGAAACUGAACAAAUGCUUUUUGAUUAUUUGUGAUCAUUUAAAUAAGACCAAAAAAAGACAAAAUGAUGUCAUAAAUUGAUUAAAAAGUGCAUCUUACCGGCUUCAUUUAUGCAUGACUGGCAAAUAUGCAUCAUAUUAAGUUUAUUAUUUUGUAUUAUAUUUAGACUGUUUAAUGCAAAUUACAUAAUGUUAUUUUAUAUAUAUUUCAAAUUAAUCGUUCUUUUUUUUCAGUGUGGAAUUUGACGAUAGACCAUUAAAUAAUUGAAAACGAAUGCAUUUUAAUAUUCAUAGCCAUAUUUCAAUGCCUACUGGCUCCAGUGUUAGUACAUAAUGACUGUAAAUGAUUGACAUCAUUAUAAGCAUCUUAACUUAGCUUUGCAGAUGCAUUAGAAAAGUUUGAACGAGAAGCAGCUGUAAUAUAGGUCCUGUUGUACUUGAGAGAUCCGGUUCAGCUCUGACGCCUUUUGAAGAUGUCAAGAAAACAUCUGCAGGAUAAAAUGGCAGGAUUCAAGUGACUGCAUGAAUGGAUGGAAACAAUGACAAAACUAUUCAAAGAGUUCAGCCUGUAGUGCUAAAACCCAGGAGAGAAUUAGCAUGUCCAUAAAUUCCCCAGGGAAUUUCCAGUGGGAGCUCUGAAAAGCGGUUUUGGAUUUGAGUAAAAUAAGACGCGUGCUAAUAUUUGAAGAGACUUUGACAUUGUUCAAAAUAAACUACACACAGUUCACCAGGUGUCUUGCUUUAAAAACACAAGUUGCUACAUACAUGCAUCUACCAUGAGAAUCGGACUAACGUUGUUGUCCUUAUAUAACAUAGGAAAGUUUCCUCAAUUUAAGUUAACCACAAACCAUAUUUUACUCAUAAACUGAAAACAGCUACUCUUGCAACCCAUUGAGAAUGAAUUGGCCUUCCGGAUUAGCCUACAUCAUGACUGAACAGCAUUAUUCCAAAGAAAAUUGUGUGACUGACGUGAAAAAUAAACGCGGUGGAUGUUUUAGUGUUACGAUCUGGAUGAAGAUUUGCGGAAUGAUGCAGGCUUUUGUUUUGUAUAUAUGGAUGCUUUCCAAACAGCUGUGCUAAGAAUAGAUCAGUAUUCAUAAGGUACUUUAUGAUUUUCUAUUUAAAAUGUCUAUUGUUGUGCUGUUUGCAAGUGCUGCAUUUAAAGGGAUAGUUCAUUCAAAAAUGAAAUCGGUAUAAUUGACUGACCCUCAUGUCACUCCAAACCCCUACUGACACCAAAUGUUUUGAAGACAUUUCGUAUAUUUUCCAGUGUAUUCUGCUAGAGAAAAUCAUUCAAGUUUGAAAUGGUAUGAUAGAGUAAAUUACCACAGAAAUUUUAAUAAUUCUUUAAACUGUUCAUUUAAGCAUAUGGCAGUUCUGUGAUUUUUAGUUUGAAUUAUUCUGUUUCUUCAUUUUACCUUGAACAUUGUUUUUUUGUUGUUGUUGUUGUUUUUCGUGCUGGGUUUAAAACUUGUGCUUGAGCUGUUACAGAUGUUCAGAGCGUGUCAGGCUAUUCCUUUUUAACGAAGAGCAUGUUUUUACACGCUUCAAUUAAAUGUUGGAAUUAA